GGGGGAACAGCGGGACGCAAACAGCAGGAUUACGUGUGUUUCUGUAGCCAGUAUUGCAAACUGGUGAGGUGAGCGUGUCUCACUGUCUAGGUUGGAAGGUGCAGGCUCAUGGCAGUGCUUGUGGGCAGCUCAGCACGGCGGUGGUGCUCUGCUGCUGCCAUCAGUGCACCCCACACCUGCACCCGCAGUGCUGCUCGGGCAGUACCGCAGUGCCAGGGGGCUCUCAGGGGGAUAUUGUGAUCUCUGUAUGGGUUUGAACAUGAAGAGCAGAAUCUAAGAGUAGUUUAAAGAGCUUUUUGUCUCGAAAAAGGGAACUUUAAAGCUAAAUGUGAAGAGCUGGACUUCUUUUAGUUUUCGAUGAACUUGACUGCUUUUUAAACAGCUGCAGCUGUGAGCAGUUACAGAUGGUGCAGAUCAGAAGGAUCCUCUUUAUCAUACUUAAGUGCCUUACAGGACCCCCAGUGUUAGUUUUUCAACCAGUUAUCUUUAUUUUUUUAAUGUUUUUUGCAGAUGGAGCAUGAAAAAAAAAAGCUACCUUAAAGCUAAAUCGGAAGAUGAAAAGCCUCCAUAAAACAGCACUGCUUCUCUGCAGGGUGCCUUACUGGAAGAAGUUUCAGGACAGUCCCAAAGCACUCUCUCUAAAGAACGUUUCCACUUCUUUUGUUACAAGCAAAGUUUUUCAGCCAUCAGGCCAGAAUUUGUUGAAAUCAGUCUCCGACUGCUUUCCUGCUGCCUGAUUUUUGCAUGUGCAACUUGCAGUUAUUGCCUUAGACCUUAAGCAGGCAAGUGUGUUCAUGUACCGUGCUGUUCUUGCAUCCAGGCUGUAAGGCAGAGACCGGGCCGGGUCCGCUUCUCCCACACCUUCUCCUGUGGUGUAGUGGUAAAUUGGCCGCCUUUGUUCCUGCUGGCCUCUGCCACAGUGGGAGGCAGCAGGAGCUGCAUGCCUGCUCUGCUGGGCUGCCUGUGUUUUCGUGGCUCUUUGCACUGCAGGAGGUGUUCUCCUUUGCUGCAGGAUCUCGCUGUUUCCUUACGACAUCACUCUGCCUUGGUGUCCCCUGGGAGCUGCUGUCCCACACUAGGCAGACCUUGGUACUGUUUGAGCUUUGGCUCAUUCGGGAAUGCACUCUCAGUAUUGCCACUGAAGAUUCAUGCCUCGGUGCUAAUGGUGUCAAGCCAUUCUUCUAUGGAUUUCUUUAUGGAAAUGGCAUUUAAUUCUACUCGUGCAAGUCAUGAUAAUGUAUGUGUCUUAAUCCCAUACCAUGUGGUAAAUCAGCCCAUCAAUAGCACACAGAGCUGCUCGUUCUCUAUGACAAGGUCGUAUUGAUCAAUUUGACUUUGGUUUUGGCUUGUUGAUUGGAAAGCCUAGUUGUUAAACACUUUGUUUAAGCUAUUAGUCAUUAGUUUUGUUUUUUUUUUUUAAUCUGACUUCUGAAUACCUUUCUAAGAAGAGUUUGGAUUUCCAAGCACAUAAUCAAUAAAAUAUUGGCCUAAGUGUGAAAGGUAUGAGGUAUUGUUUUAUUUUGGUAUUUUAAUUCAACAGUAGAUUCCUUUUUUAUGACUCCAGUGAUAACAUUAACGUUUUUUCCUGAUUAGAGAUCCUAUUAUAUUUUGAGAACUUAAUUUAAAAAAUCUAGAUAUUGUGUGUAUUUGUAACUUUAACAAAGGAAUUGCUGUGCGAAUUAAACCUAGACGUGUAUACAUCGGAAUGGGAAGAUGUACUGUGUCCUCCACAAAACACAGCCUUCAGAUGGAUAUCCUGAGAGGGCUGCCCAGUGCCUUUGUGCAGAUAGAUCCUGCAUGAGUUUCCUUCCAUCUGUGUUCAGCUGCAUUUCUAGAUCCACGUAAGCUGCGGAGUGCUGGUACCUACUUGUUGGGGAAGAUGGAGCUGCUGAGGUCCCUACUGGGGUACCUUCACAGGGCGUGUUGCAGGACUUAAUCUCUAUCAACAGGUUUAUUUAAAUGGGAACUGUACUACUUGUUCUUCCUUAGCAGUGAGAUUCCCAGGGAUUUGGCAGCAGAAAUGGUCCUUUUACUUCUCUCCGCGAGCAUCUUGAUCCUCAAUUGCAUGGUUGGCUGGCUUUACUGCCCCUUAUUACUUCGGAGUACUCCUCAGAUUUAUUUUCUUUUUAUGUUGGUUACUGUUUGUCUCCAGCACUGUUUUAGUUCCCCGAAGCUGCAGCAGAGCAUUGCAGUUGCAUUCUGUCCUGCUGCGCGGGGUGCAUCAUAUCGGACCUGCAGACUUCUCCCUUUGUCCACCAGUGAGGCACUGAGUGGUGGUGGGCACAGCUGGGUGUGACCCGGCUGUGAAUUGGUGCUCAAAUGGGUUGUUUUAUGGCCAUCAGAAUCGCCAUCAAGGCAAGUCAGAGUCCUUCAGGCUGUUUCAGUAUCUGACGUCUCCUUCCUUUUGCUUCCCAUGAGGUUGGUGGCUGAGUACAUGUGUUGUCGGGCUUGAUGUGCUGGUUCAGUUGCUUGCUUUGGACUAAGCUUCGUUCCAAGCAGUUUCUUGGCCCUCUGGCUCCAUCACAAGUCGGGUGGCAGCUCUGAGAAAGAUGAGUGUGAGAAGUGAGGCAGGUGCCCAGCACCAGGGCCAUGUGCUGCACGCACUGCAGGUGUGCAGCUCUGCCUUUUGCUAUGGGCUUUCUCUUGCAUAACAUUGCAGGCUAACAGGCGUAGAGGAAUUUCCAUCAGUACCCAGAUUGUCCUCUCUUUUUGUCACAUAAAGAAUCUGUUUUAUUUUGCCCUUGGCCUUUAACUACUUGCUGGCACCAUGACAACCACAGUAUUCUUCCAAUGGUUGAGUGUUGGUAACUAAGGCCGGGAUGCUCUGCUGGCGCAUUGGAUGCCUGUGCACGUUACGUGGGCUUAGCCCUGGCUCUUAGAGGAUGUUGGAUGUUUGUGUAACAGCAGAACCAGAGGAGGAAGGUGAAUUGGAGCUGGAAGUUGUGUAGGAUAUCUACCAUGAGCAGGCUGAUUGGGAAGAAUGCCACUUCCAUUCCGGGGUGGCUGUCAGUGUCUGAGAUGGGGCGCAGCAGCUCUGCGCUGGGAGACAGCUGUGCCUCCUGGUGUUAAAGGCUCAAUUUUCUGGAAGGUUGUUCAAAUAACUUACUGCUUCAGUUGCUGAAAGCACUAAUACAGUUUCCCCUCAUCAUGGUGAAGUGUGAAAAGCUGUUAUCCCUUGUUGCUAAUAGUAGCCGUGAAUUUACUAUUUAUAGUUUAACUUUAGCGGGUGUUUUCUGAUGGAAGCUGCUGGGAGACUUGCUGUUGGAUACCUUGCUGUUGGGUGAUCAGGGUUCCGGAGCUCUGUGCCAAUGUAUUAUUGGGAUCUACAUGAAUAAUUUGGGAAGGCUGCAGUGCCACAGUCGUUCAAAAUAUAGACUGUGUGUUGAAGUGAGAUAACAGAAUCUUCUGACCUCUUUGGACACUGAAUAAUACUUCCAAUCAGCUGAGGAGGUCCAGCUGGGCUCCGUUUCUCUGCCUUACUGAUUCUUAUGUUUGUGCGAGAGAGAGAAAUAAAGGAAAUGCAUGAAAGAUAGUUGUAGAGCUAUUGGAAUUUUACCCUUCUUAGGAAGCACGACUCCUGGUCGUGGCAGUGCCUGCCCCAUCAUCUUCCCAGGCAACCUAUCCAACAUCAGAAAACCAAGGAAGAAUUUAGGGUUUCUUAAUGCAGACAGGUGAGGACAGUGAGUGCGAAACACCCAACUGACAGAAGUCCAUGCUGCUCUCUUGGGAGAAAAGGCUGCUUUGAGGGGUAGAGCCUUGGAUCAGAAUAAGUUGAGACAUAUUUUGGAAUUCAGUGGGAAAUGGACUUUUUCUCCUUUUGGGGAGAAAAAAAUCCCCAUAUGGGGACUCUUAAGUUGCAUUUUUAGCCCACUUGUGAAACAUCUUUUUGGUGUGUUGUGUGACUCAACAUAAAGCCCUUCUCCCCCAUCUGUGAUACAUGGCAGGUGGGGAGCGUCAGGUCACAGUUUUGCGUAACUCUGACACCAUUUGCAGCUUCCAUAACAAAACUCAUCCUUUCAGGUCUUUUUAUUGUGGUAUAAGGACAGCAGAGAUGUAGGCAGAACUUGCUUUUCGGGUUGCAAUUAGGGCAGUGAGUAACUGCAGCGGGGCCGGGCCGUCUCUCGCCAGGAGGCCGGGUGGGCGCCCAGGUGUGUGGGCCGCGUUCCAGGCACACCUUGUGUGUCCUGCCGUGGUUCUGCUGCUGCUUGGGGUGUCCCUGGUUUUGUAUGCACUGCAGAGCCACCUGGCCCAGCUGUGCCCUUUUAGAGAGUAAAAAAAAAAAACCUCAAUAAUGUGAAGGGAGCAGCUAAGAAACCAUUCGUGUAACUGUUUUGGUCAGGUUUAAGAUCUGCAGUGUUGUGUUCGUGAUAUCCAGAGGGUCUGCUCUGAGCAGAGUGUAGUGGGAAGGUGGUCAGUCAGUGCUGUGCUUGUUGAGCAAACCACCGCCUUCUGUGCCAGGUGUGAUUUUCAUGUUAAGACUCACUCUGUAGCUGAGAUGGCAGCCAUGAGCAGGUUUGGUGGCCCUGAGUAGAAGAUGCAGCCAUUAGUCUGGCAUUUCUCUUAAUAGCACCUUUGCAUUGCAUACGCUGGAGCUGAAGAUGUUUGUUAUAUCAUUCCUUGGGCUCUACCUCUUAAAAAAUACAAGCGGUGUUGGAGAAAGAGUGACAGACUGAGAGCGCUGAGCUGAUUUUAAACUCAGUAACUUGUAUGUGCUAACUUCAGGCAGAGCUGCUGUACUUUGGGUUGGGGUUGUACUGUUUGUUUGUUCGGGCAGUUCAUAGCUGUUUAACCUCUUGAAAACAGAUAAUCUCUGUUGAUGUCAUUAAGUUAAAUGACUUAAUGCAGUGGCAUUGGAAUUCUGUAGUCAAAUGCAACAAAACCAGCAUGUUUUGCUACAACUUGCUUGUGACAACAGCCUGAGUGCCAUCAGGUUCCUGUCACUGAUGUGCUGAGAUGUUUCCAGGUGCAGCUGCUUAUGCUUCUCAUCAUGAGAAUGUCUGUAAUAUUCAUAUGACUUCUUUGUGCUUUGUAAAGGAAUUUAUUAUCUCACUCGUUUCAGUAGUUAUGAGUACUAGUUCAAUAGCCCAUCUCUAGGCUGGACUGGUAGUUGCCUGUGCUUUGUUAGUACUUUCUCAGGUGCUGUACUUCUAACCAGUGCGUUCUGUUAGAACUUCCAGGGAAAUCACUGUCCUGUGCAUUGAUUUCCCUAUUACCAUAGCAAAUAAUUCGCACUGCUAAUUAACACCGUUGGAAUUGCACAGGAAAAAAUGGGCAGGGCAAGAAUACAGCCUAAUUAUACUUAUGAUUUAUGUCUUAAUGCAUUUAUAGAAGGACUGCUGCCAAGGUGGCUCUCAGUUGACAAAUAGAAAUGCAGCCUUCUGAAGCACACUGUCUGCUGAGGGCAGGAGGGCAGAGUCCCAUGUUUCAGAGCAUCCCGUUCUGCCUGGUGUGCGUGGAGAGGUGUGAUAAGGAGCAGCACUGUGUGUGCUGUUCUCCCUGCAGCUGUGUGUUCCACCAGAGGGAAACAAAGUCCUGGAGACCCUCCUGGUCAGUGCUGAGUGCUGGAAAUUGGGGAAGGCGAGCGUUCCCUACACACCUGGUUGCUGGCAGUGCUAUGCUGUGCAGAGCUUGCAGUGCUGCUCUCAGAAACCACGAGGAUCCGUCUUUGCUAUGGUGAACUGAAUGGGAAGGCUUUGCUGCGUCUGGGAAGCAGCUACUGAAUCUGCAGUGCUAUUUUUGGGUGUGUUGGAGUUCAGAGAGAAACAAGGGGGCUCAUGGAGGGCGUAUUCCCUCGUGGAUUCCAGUCAAGUGUCUACUUUCCUGAUUUCUAUUCUCCUCAUAGUCUAUGGCAGUUUCAGGUCUCUUAACAUGGACUUUGAGAAUCAAGACAAAGAGAAGGACAACAGCAGCACGGCUGGGUCUUUUAAUGGCAACAGCACCAAUAACAGUAAGGGUAUUCAAACCAUCGAUUCCACGCAGGCGUUGUUCCUGCCCAUCGGAGCGUCUGUGUCUCUCCUCGUCAUGUUCUUCUUCUUCGACUCAGUUCAGGUUGUCUUCACAAUAUGCACAGCAGUCCUUGCAACAAUAGCUUUUGCUUUCCUUUUGCUCCCGAUGUGCCAGUACUUAACACGGCCUUGUUCACCUCAAAACAAGAUUUCCUUUGGCUGCUGCGGGCGUUUCACUGCUGCUGAGUUGCUUUCCUUUUCACUGUCUGUGAUGCUUGUGCUCAUCUGGGUCCUAACUGGCCACUGGCUCCUCAUGGAUGCUCUGGCUAUGGGCCUUUGUGUUGCAAUGAUAGCCUUUGUCCGGCUGCCGAGCCUGAAGGUUUCCUGCUUGCUGCUCUCUGGGUUACUAAUUUAUGAUGUCUUUUGGGUCUUUUUUUCUGCAUACAUCUUUAACAGCAACGUGAUGGUGAAAGUGGCCACACAACCUGCUGAUAAUCCCCUCGACGUUUUGUCCCGGAAACUUCACCUGGGACCAAACGUGGGUAGAGAUGUUCCCCGUCUGUCGCUGCCUGGUAAACUUGUAUUUCCAAGUUCCACGGGCAGCCACUUCUCUAUGCUGGGGAUUGGAGAUAUUGUGAUGCCAGGUCUUCUGCUCUGCUUCGUCCUGCGCUACGAUAACUACAAAAAACAAGCCAACAGCGAUUCCUGUGGUGCCCCAGGACCAGGGAACAUCUCUGGACGUAUGCAGAAGGUCUCUUACUUUCACUGCACACUUAUUGGAUAUUUUGUAGGCCUAUUAACUGCAACAGUAGCCUCUCGUAUUCACCGGGCAGCCCAGCCUGCCCUCCUGUAUUUGGUACCUUUUACCUUAUUGCCGCUCCUCACCAUGGCAUAUUUAAAGGGCGAUCUACGUCGCAUGUGGUCUGAGCCUUUCCACUCCAAGUCCAGCAGCUCCCGUUUCCUGGAAGUAUGAUGGAACAGACAGUGACCUGAACUUCUGCCUUGGUCCUUUUCACUUUAACUUGUGGCUUUGUCAUCUCCUGAAGCUGGACUGGCUGCCAGGUACUUGGGAAGGUACCAACUACAGGACUUGUAUGAAAGAAUUGAAAGGAGGGGAAGGAAAAAAGCUAAGGUUCUGGAGCUCUGUCUCAUCGCCCCGCAGAUGUGGAACUGGGGACCCUUUGUGCAACUGCAGCCACUUUCCUCUUUUCCUCGCUCUGAUGGAUUAGUAGCAGACUAUUACCUACGUGAGAGAGGAAGAGACAGACUUGAAACUGUAAACGGCUUGGAGUCGUUCAAAAACUGGUGAACACUAAGAGAAAAAAAACAGUUAGGCAAACUGAAGCUUCUUCAGCAAACCCUCAUAUACAUUGGGACCAGUUUCCUGUCGGACUUCAGUUUUGAAAAGAACUGAGACAGAAGGUCUUCUGUCACAAUACUGGGGUUUUUUUUGUUUUGUUUUGUUUUGUUUUUUAAUUAAAUAUUUCCUGUGGUGUGAGGUUACUUAUUAAAUCCACAGACAUGGAGUGACUUCUUGCAGUAUACAUAUAAAAAUUUGUUGUAACAAGUUACAUUUCCACGCAGAUGUCAUGUUGCAGUGAAAAAGGGCACGAUUUUUAUACAUAUAUAUAUACACACACAUAUAGAUAUAUAUAUGAAUAAAUAAAAAGGAAAACCUGCUAAGAUCAUGCUAUGUAGCAGACAGGGGCUUGCUGUAAUUUUUAGCAUGUAGAGCAGUUUACUCUGGCUUUCUUGUAUAUGAAUCUACAAUGAGCUGCUGUUUUUCUCCCCCCUCCUGAAACCGAACCUGCAAUUUCCAAACAGAUGUAGUAUUUGUACCGACUGUACUCAUGGACUUUAGGGGAUAUUUGAUUUUGAUCAAUGUAGCAAACUAGGGAAGCAAAACGUUGAAACCUAACCCUGUUUGUUUGAGGGGGGAGGGAUGGGGGAAGGGUGUCUUUUUUUCUUCUUUUUUUUCUUUUUUUUACAAACAGCUCCCUUGCAGGUUUUUAGUAGUUCCCUCCUGACCCGGUGCAUGUAUUAUAGCAGCAAUUGUCUUUGUGCUUUCUGAUCAUAGUAAUGUAUCACCUGUAAAUACAUUUUUUCUAUUUUCUA